AUGUCUGGGUUCAGCCGAAAACCUUAUUGCCUCAUGCCUUCCAGAACUCGCCAGCCCCUGGGACUCCCCACGGCAGUUCUUGCACCGCCAUCUCAUUCCUAUGCGCAGCAAGGGCCGGCCGUACAUGCCAGUGCCACUCACGCACACCUCUGA